AUGGAUGAAAACAUCGGCCUGCGGCACGAGGGCUCCCACGCCGCCCUUUCGGCGUCGGCGACCUCGCACCUCAUGACCAGCUUCGCCAUGUACGAGCCUGUCUCGCGCGCAACCUCGCCCGGCAUCCCCUGCUCCAAGACCGACGAGGACGACAAGAAGCGGUAUCGUCAGAGGACCUUUGCCUACUUCCAGCAACUGCCCUUUGAGGUCGAGGAGGAGGCCCAGCGCGACACCGCCCUCCAUGGCAUCCUCAAGCACCUCUACAUUGCCAUCCGCGCAGAGGACUUUUCCCCGGGUGCCCUGCACUGGACUAAGGAACUUCAGGCUUGGCUCAACCUCAAGUUUGAGAUGACAAGGGAGCUGAGGGCCAAGCUGGCCAAGCUCUUUUACUCGCUCGCCUUAGCCCCGGGCCUCGAUGCUACGGCGGCGGACCGCUUCUUGCGCAUGGUCUUGACCCUCACUAGGAAAAACCACUACCUGAAGCCCGUCGAUGACCUCACUCUCGACUGGAGGCCCCUGUGGAACGAAAUCAAGGCCUGGGUCCUGCCCUCGGAGGGCCCUGCCCACCAGAGCAACCGCAGACGAGCCACCAAGCAGCUCCUCAAGCUGUGCAUCCACGCCCAUACAUACUUUGACCCCCGCGAUCGUCCGGCCAUGCUCGAGGAGCUGCUCCCCUACUUUGGCGUCAACGAGCUGCCCAAUGCCUUCGUCGUCAUCGGCGCGCUCAACGCCUUGCUGCCCAGCCAUCCCGCUCCCGCGAGCGAGCCGCUCGCCCAGCCGCAGCACUUCUUGCCCACCCUUUUCCACCUGUGGUCCAUUGUGAACCGCUCCAAGGUCGUCGACAUGUUCUUCGUGGACCUCUUCUCGCGCCUGACCCGCGACCACAUCCACUCGGACCACAUCCCCUUCUCCGAGUACGGCAUCUUCUCCAAGGAGCAGUCAGACCUCAUCUUCACCGCCAUGCUGCGCCUGACGCAGAUCCCCGUGGGCCAGGCCAACUCGCCCUACACGCCCGUCGACUACCUCUCCGGCGUUGGCGUCUACCUGGAAAAGGACAAGAAGAAGUAUCCCGUCGCAUACAUGAUGUCCCGCCUCAUCGUCAGCUCCCUCUCCCCGCACUGCAUGGAGCACCAAGAGUCUACCAUGGCCAGCUUGGAAGGCCUCAUAGAAUCCAUAGACACCUUCUUCCAUCCUUCCAACCAGGGGUCCUGGACCACCCUGCUCGCCCAGUUUGUCCUCUACCUGACCGACGGUUUCGUUUCGCGCUGGAACCGUGAGCAGAGCGGGGAGCUCGACAUUCCCUCGGGCCGCAUGAUCAACCUCGCGCUGAAAAAGCGCUUCGUCCUGUCCCUCAAGGAAGUGACGUUCAUGGGCCUCUUUUCAAAGAGCAACCGAGUCUCGCACUACUACUACAAUGCCCUGCAAGGCCUGGCCUACCUCGAGCCCGACCUGAUGCUCCCGGGAGCGUUACAACGCUUCUAUCCCAGCCUCCAGGGCCUGGUCGAGGUCCAUCGAACGACGUCGAGCUUAAACGGCCUGCAGAUGAUUGCAAACAUCAUGUGCAAGCUCAAGGGGUAUCGGUGCCACAUCACCGCGCUGCUGGCCCUGGCACUACCUGGAAUAGACGCGAAUGACCUCAACAAGACGCAGUACACCCUCAACUUCAUCCAGAGCGUGGCCUACAGCGUGCCCUUUCAGCCAAUGACGACCCCAGAGAGCCACAUCCAUGAUACGACGCUGGCCAUGGAGUGGGUCCAGGCCGAGAUGGAGAGAAUGGAGCGAGACGGCCAAAACAUCCAGCUGAAUUACCAGUCUGAGCUCAGCGACGAGGAUGAGAUGCGCAUUCUGAGGUCGUCGACUGCCGGCUUUGGCGAGUUUGUCCUGACGCUCCUGGGCAAGAUCUUCACACUGCUGGAGAACCUGCCAGACGCCAAUCAGGUCCGGGGCGGCACGCCCGAGGACAAUGUCAUCAACGCUCUGCCGGCCGCGCUGUCCCCCCUGUUCGCGUCGCUGUCCCCGGAAAUCUUUGACAUGGCGCUCGACAAGAUUGCGACGUUUGUCUCGGGCCACGUCGUGCAUCAAGCCCGCGACGCCAUGGCCUGGAUCUUGAAUGCACUCUGCAAGGUGAGCCCGGAGAAGACGCUCAAGGUCUUUGUUCCCAUGCUCGUCGUCAACAUCCGCAACGAGAUCGACUACAACAACGCAGCCUCAGACCGGACUACCGGCACCGACUAUCUGCCCCGAGACCGGGCGUUGGUCUGGCACGUCAGCAUGCUCGCCAUGGCCGUGGUCCACGUCGGCAGCCAAGUACUCAAGUACAAGGAGGAGCUGCUCGGCAUCGCUGAUUACAUGCAGCAAAAGUGCCGCGGACUGCCCACCAUUCUCGUGUCCAACUACAUCCACCACCUCCUGCUCAACCUGACGCACACCUACCCCAUCGACCACGCGCUGUACGAGCCCGACGUCAUCAAGAGAGGGCUCGAUAUUGGCGACUGGGGGAAGACGACGGCGCCGGCGGACCUUACUAUCCGAUGGCACCAGCCGUCGCCGUCGGAGAUUGAGUUCGCCGUCGAGCUGUUCGCGUCGCAGGUGACGUCGGCCGCGCAGCAACUGGAGCUUCUCAUGAGCGACAACCCGCCCGUGAGCAGGGAAGGAAAGAACAAAGCUUGGUCGGACGAGGUGUCCCGGCUGAUGCAGCAGAUUCGGCUGGUGAUUGCCGGCAUGGCAAUCAUGUUUGAUCCGAAACGCGCGUCUGGCGAUGGCAAUGGCGGGGAGCCCGAUGGCGACAACGUCGACACGGACGGCGACGAAGUCACGAUGGAGGACGAAAGCGCGCUGGCCGAGGACGCCGAGCAGGAGGAACUGCGGCCUCAGUUCCGUUACAAAGCUGGCUAUCUCCUGAAGCCCGGGGAGCCGGUGUAUGAGCGAAUCCACGAGCUGCGCGACGAGCUCGGCCGCCUCCUGACCAAGGCGCACGCCUUUCUCAACGCAAAGCAGGAAGACGACGUGAACUGCUUCACCGCGCUGUGCUCCGCGUACCGCACCUGGAUCACGGAUGUGGGCAUUGAGCGGUCUGCUCAUCCAUUUGAGAGGCACCUGAGACUCUACAAGGCCGACAUUGCGGCCUUCAAGAUCAAGGGUCUCAGGAAAGUCUAUCCUCGUCCUUUGCUGAUCAAGCGAGCCGAGGCGUAUCACAUUUUGCGCAUGAAACACAACGCGUCUGCCAGGCACAAGAGCGAGCUUGACAAGCGGCUCCUGCUCGAUCUCGCACAGUCGUGCCUCUCCCUGUACGCAGACGUCCGUAGGGUUGCACAGGGCGCACAGGACUCGUCGCUCAAGGCUCUCAUCGGGGGCAGGCCCCUGGUCAUCCCCGUGAUCCUCGACGGCCUCCGCGCCGCCAUCCAGAGCAAUCAGCAUGAUCGGAUCAAGGGCGGGAUGUACACACUGCUGUUUACCUCUCUGAUGAGGUCGAUACUCAAGGACUGGCGGUUUGCGCCCGAGGCGAUGCGACUGUACAUUGAGACUGCGGGCAUCGACAAGCCGUCCAUUCAAGCGCUCGGAUCCUCGGCCCUAUAUGCGAUGUUCGAGUUUGGAAAGCCUCUGGAGCGAGCGAUCCUGGUCGACGACGCCGUCGUCAACAGCAUCAUGCCCUCCGUGGACGUGUCGGCCGCCAUCGAAAACAGGCACCAGUUCAUCCUGCAGAGACGCAAGAAGGUCGAGGGCGCCAAGGCCGCGCUCGGCCGGGAACUGACCCAGCGGGCCAAGGGGGCCCAUUGGAAGAUUGCCACCAGAUGCGCCAUCUUCGCCACCAACCUGUGCCUCCGCUUCGACAACGUCGCGCCGGCAGAGUUUGUCGACCUGGUGGCGCACGGUACAAACGAUCCCCAUCCAGGCUUGAGGGGCUACUACCUGAGCUCCUUUACCGCGCUCUUCACUGUCAUCGACAUGCGGGCGGUGUACGGCCACGACUACACCAACUACCUCUUGGAAAAGGAGGUUGGUGACCGCAACAGGCUCGAGAUGCCCGUGACCAAGGGCGACGCCGAGUUUACCCAAAAGUUCCUUGAGGCCUUUAAGGACCCGGAGGGCGCCGAGUACUUGGUCGACUUUGAUCAUCCCGGCUGGCUCGCCUGGGGAAAGAAGUUCACCGCGUUUCGGGCGCGCCCGUUGCCGUUUGACGCGUACGAUGAAGUCGAAACCGGGGUGCGGGAGCACAUCGGCAGGAUCGUGACCAAGGAGUGGAUUUCCCAGUGUUUCGAGUACUUUAAACAGGAGCCGCGGGACCAGUCGACGGACCGGUUCCGCAUGAGCUACGUCUACCUGCUCAUGCACGUCUUUGACCUGAUGCACUACGGGAAGACGGCCGUGACCCUGGACGACGUCAAGGAGUUGACCAAGGGCGUGUACGGCGACGGAAGCGACAAGCACCAGCACCGGGCGACUUCUGAGAUUCUUGGGGCGCUGCUGGCAGGAUCUAGCGACGACCCGCCUGAGAUCCGGAACCGCGUCUGGGAGUUUGCGGCGCCGAUGCUGCUCAAGAUCUUUACCGACGACUUGACGCCGGAGAACUUGCAGUAUUGGCUGACCUGCCUGCACGUGGUGCUCGACGCCAAGGACCCUCGACGGUCGCACGAGAUUGUGCAGCGCCUGCAGUCGUUCCGGCUCGACAUGUCGUCCAACGCGGCAUUCAAAGAGUCUUCCAAGGUGCAGUUGGUCGAGUUCAUUGUGGCGGACGGCGGGUGGCAUUUCCGCGACGUGAAACCGAUCCUGGAGCACUUUGUGGCGCACAUAGACCACCCGUACAAGGCCGUGCGUGAGGCAAUUGGCCGGCUCCUCUCAGCCAUUGAAAAGUCGCGAUACCAUGAAUCGUUUGAGAGCGUGCCGAAGCUGCUGGAGGAGAACAAGAAGGCGUCUUCGAUUGGGAUCCGGCCGUACCAGCCCUCGGCAGAGCUCACCGACACCAUCAAUGACAUUUUUGCGCGGCUGGAAAAAUGGCGUCACGAGAGGACGCCCGGACAGCAGACGCCAUCGUCGUACACGUCGGGUUCCAAGACGGUGCUCAUGUGGCUGGACUGCACCAUGUCGUCGCACGAGUGCAUCGAGCUGGUGCCCUUUUUCGCGACGCCCUUCAUGGAGCAGCUGCUGCACAUGAUGGAUGUCAAGGAGGACCCGGAGCUCAUGAAGCUCGCAUACCAUGUGUACCGCCACCUGCCCAACAUCCCCUUGCGGAGCGGAGAGGACACGGAAUUCAGCGAGGGGCUCAUCCGGAUCGGGCGGACGGCGGCAAGCUGGCACCAGCGGCUGCGGGCGUUGGUGAACAUGCAGGUCAUCUACUUUCGGCGCAUCUUCCUCAUGAAGGCGCCGCAGCGCGACGCGCUCUUUACGGCCGUAUCGGACAUGCUAAGCGACUCGCAGCUCGAGGUGCGGUCGUGCGCGUCGACGACGCUGGCGGGCAUGAUUCGCUGCUCGCCGCGACAGAUCCGGGACCCGAUGGUGGCGCGGCUCAAGGAGCGGUUCGAGGGCGAGCUGCAGCAGAACCCGAUGCCCCGGCGAGGCCGCAACGCGCCGGGGACGGAGACGCCGGUGGACGUGCACAAGCAGAUUACGCGGCGGCACGCGGCGAUUCUCGGAUUGGGCGCCUUGAUCGAGGCGUUUCCUUACGCGACGCCGCCGCCGGAGUGGAUGCCGGAGGUAUUGGCGACGCUGGCGAGGAAGGCGUCUGGCGACGCGGGCGUGGUGGGCAAGGCGACCAAGAGCAUCUUGAGCGAGUUCAAGAAGACUAGGCAGGACAGUUGGAACGUGGACCAAAAGUACUUUACGCAGGAGCAGCUCGAGGACCUCGAGGGCGUGCUGUGGAAGAGCUACUUUGCCUAG